AUGGAAAAUAUAGCAAACGUCAAGCUCUUUAUAGAGUCCCUCGAUGGGUCCAUAGACCAAUUAAAAAAUGAAUUAAACCCGUUAUUGAAUAGACCACUAGAUGAAUUAAUAGGAGUGAAUACCCAUAAUAAUAUAGAAGCCAUAAGUUUUUAUAAUAAUUAUCUUUAUACCUUAAUAUCGGUAAUUUUCUCGUACUUGAAAGUAAUUGGAAUUAAGGUCGAGGAACACCCAAUAAUGAAAGAACUUACUAGAAUAAAGUCGUAUAUGAAAAGACUAAAAGAUUUAGAAACUAAGUUAAAGAAUGCCGAAUCCAAAGAUGAAAAGAAUGCUGAAAGAGCAAGACAGUACAUAGUUAACACUCUUGGCUCAAAUGUUAAUGGCGGGGGUGCUGCCCAACCUGAGAGUUUAAGCAAACCAGCCAUAAGUAAGGACAAUUUUAAAGGAAAGCAUACUAAAUUCGAAGAUAAAAAGCAAACUUCAGAUGAUGAAGAACAAUCAAAACCAUCUAAGAAACCAUCACAAGCAGAAGCCAAUUUAAAGAAAAAACAGAAGAAGUCUCGUAAUAUCAAACCUUCAUCUUCUGGUCGUAUUUCAAAACCAAAACAUAAAAAAGCUUCUAAAUAGUUGUUUAUAGAGUGAUAAUAAUAAAAAAAC